UGCUAUGUGAUGCUGUUACUGCCAUUUCAUCAGCGGAUUUUCACAAACAUCUCCAUCUUUAAACAUGAAAUUGCUAUGAAAUGAAACCAUCGACAAGUUGUAAGGACGGCCGUUAGACAAUUUUACAUCAAACUUGCCAUCACAGUAACAGUUCCCUGUGUAGAAUAAAAUAAUACAAAAGGAUACUAGGACAAGGCCUAUUUGCGUAUCACUGCUUGGGGUAAAACAGUGUUUCAGAGAGCAUCUUCGAUAUACGAGAUUUCUCAAGAACAUGGGAUUUGCUAUUUCCAGCCGUUGAUCGCUCAUCUAACAAGAUUCUAUGAGAGAUGGAAGCGAUAUGGCUGUACCAGUUUCGACUCAUCGUCAUUGGGGACUCGACAGUAGGAAAGUCGUGCCUGAUCCGGCGAUUCACAGAGGGACGCUUUGCGCAUGUGUCCGACCCCACAGUCGGUGUAGACUUCUUCUCACGCCUAGUGGAGAUAGAACCAGGCAAACGCAUUAAACUUCAAAUCUGGGACACAGCCGGACAAGAGCGAUUCAGGUCUAUUACCAGGGCUUAUUACCGUAACUCUGUUGGGGGGCUGCUGCUGUUCGACAUCACCAACCGUCGCUCCUUCCAGAAUGUGCAUGAGUGGCUGGAGGAGGCCCGGAGUCACGUCCAGCCUCACAGCAUUGUCUUUCUGUUGGUGGGCCACAAGUGCGACCUGGAGCCCCAGAGGCAGGUGAGCCAGCAAGAGGCGGAGAAGCUGGCAGGUACCUAUGGUAUGCGCUACGUGGAGACAUCGGCUCGCGACGCCAUCAACGUGGAAAAGGCCUUCACUGAGCUAACGCGGGACAUCUUUGAGCUCGUGAAGAGUGGUGACAUCAACAUCCAGGAGGGUUGGGAGGGGGUGAAGAGUGGCUUGGUGCCCAACGUGGUGCACUCCUCAGAAGAGGUCACCAAGAGCGGCCGGCGGUGUCUCUGCUGAUUAGCCUGUCUGUCUAGUUGGCUUCACUCAACCCAGCCCAUGCAGUCCUGUUACAUUAUGUCCCACUAGCUCGCAAUCUUUCACAUAUAUAUAUCUCUCUCACUCCCAUUCUGACUACUGGAAGGCCAUUCCCGCUCUAGUCUACCACUGAAUAAAACAUGAAUACAGCUACUUUCCACAGUAACCUUCCUGGCGUCUGUCUUACCUGUUACAGGCACUUGAAAGACAAGAAAUGGCCUGUUUUAUGAUUUCAUUGUCCUCCCUGUAUUUAUGCUUCAUCUUGUGCCCCACAGAAGGAACACACUUCAAACUUUACACGUCUGUUCUGUGUUCUGGGGAAC